AUGGAGCCAGCAGAGAUCAGAUUCUCUCUACAGAGACCUCUACAGCACAGAGAUCCAGACAUGGCUCCUACAAUCACUGCAGCAAUGACCAAUUCUCAGGAGCAUCUGACUCUGACCCACAAGAUCAGAAAGCCUCUGGUGGAGAAGUUACGCAGAGAGAGAAUCAACAGCAGCAUUGAGCAGCUCAAGUCUCUCCUGGAUCCAGAGUUCCUCAAACAGCAGCCAGACUCCAAGCUGGAGAAAGCAGACAUCCUGGAGAUGACCGUUUGUGUCCUGAGACGACUGCAGCAGCAGAAUCAACAGCAGAGAAGACUGAUGAACCACUUCAACAAGCUGCAGUCUUCCUCUGAUAAGAGCCUGAGAGAGGCUGACUUCUCUCCUCUGAGCUCCACAGUCCAGACCAGCAUCAGCAAAGAGAAGAGUCCAGUCAACAGCGCCCUCUGGAGGCCGUGGUAG